AUGGGAAAUCAUCUUAGGAAAUUUUUACGUUUGUUUUCUAGACCAAUGGUUCCAUUAAAUCAAUCGCAAAUAGAAGAAGAAAGAUGGGACGAAAUACAUUAUUUAUUAAAGGAAUAUUGGGGUGGUGAUUUUUCUGCUCCAAUUCAUGAAUGGUUACAAACUGGUGGUAUUAAAGUCUUGGAUAUUGGCUGCGGAAAUGGAUUAUGGCUAAAAGAUAUUGCAAUAAAUUUUCCAUCGUCAGAAUUCAUUGGUGUUGAUAACGAUAAUAUUUCAUUACUUCCUGAAAAUUCUCCUUCGAAUAUCAAAUUUAUACAGGAAGAUAUUAAAUCAACCUUACCAUUUGAAGCGAAUACCUUUGAUUAUGUUCAUAUGAGACAUAUGAUGUUUUAUUUUACUGAAAUAGAAUGGAUUAAUGUCGUAAUUCCUGAAUUGAUUCGAAUACUAAAACCUGGGGGAUACCUUGAAUUGGAAGAAGCCGAUCAGGAAUGGCGUAACGUUACGCCUACUACUAGAACAUUUACUAGUAUCGGACAUAAUUUAAUGAGACAAAGAGGGAUUGAUCCGUUUUUGACCAAUCAUCUUGAUGAUAUUAUGGAAAGUACUGAAAUGUUGGAUGAUAUUCAUCGUAAAGUACAAGAAGUUCAAAUUGGAAAAUGGGCAGGUCAUAAAGCAAGUUGUGUCGCAAAUGCUCAAACACCAAGUGGAAGUGGAUUUUCAGGACUUGGUGGAAUAAUCGAUCAAUUAGGAGAAGGAAAGCUACCCGGAUCUCAUUUGCCUGGAGGAAAACAAAAGAUAGGUGGCGAUCAACCUCAACCUCAAAUAGGCGGUAAUUUGCCCCAACAUCCUGUAACUAGUAAUGUUACAGUUCCAGUUGUCACAGCAACUCCUCAUCCAAACCAACCUGGUACGGUCAAUCCAAAAGGAACUUUGGUUUCACCAUCUUACACGGCUCAACCGUCUCCUGUUAUUCUCAAUGCAGAUGAUAUAGCAUCUCUUACAUCGCAUAAUGAUGUUAAAAUUUUUAUUGCAGUAUUAAUUGUAGCUAUUAAUGUUAUCAUGAUGUAUUGA